UAUUAAUUAAACUAUCCGAUUUGAAAAUGUACAAACUCAUUGUAUUAUUCUCGGUAUUUUUAUACAUUAAUGACACCAAUGCUCAAUAUAAAAUGAGUGAUGGACGAAUACAACAGACUACCAAACUCACACCUCAUAGUCCGACCUAUAAAAUAGUAAGGAACGUCCAACCUAUGGGACUCGCUGCUCCACAGUCACAGAUGAUGAAACCAAAAAGAUAUACGUUCAGAAAAAUAACAAGCGUUGGCCCCAAAAGAAGAUUAACCAAAAGGCAACAGGUAGCUGAAACUCUAAAACAGCAAGCUAUAAGAAACAUUAUAGCUGCAAAGACUGUGAUAAAUAAAGAGCCUGUUCCUGCCAAUGUCAGUCCACAGAUUAAAAAACUGGCAGCACCCAAUAAUGUUGCUAGUGAAAUUUUAGUAUGGCGAUCAUAGAAAAUUUUAAUUAUUAAUGUUAUUUAUUUAUUUUAGUGAUAAGUAUUUAAAAACAAUAAAGUUAAU